UUCAAUCGGGUAGAAAUAUACGACACUUGCCCUGCAUUGUGCGAAAGUCGGGUCGCUCUGGCAUUUGUAUGUUCGCCAUUGAUUGUAUCAAACAGAAUGGCACACAUUUGGGUACUUGCAUUGAUCGCUUCUAUUUCGGUUCGUGUUGCCAACUGAAGGACGACGCAGCACUUUUCGCGCCCGAAAUCAGCGAUAAUAGCAUCGACCAGAACACAAUUUCUCAUUUCCCACACGAAUCCACUACAUUGCCCACCAGUACGCUGUUCAAGCUCACCACCUCCGAUCCACACCACACAGUACAAAGUAGCAGCAACAGCAUUAGCGAAACGGUAAAAAAUGUCACACAAAGUUAUUUGCAACAAAACAGUCACAUUCAUGGCAGCAGCAGCGGCAGCGGCAGCAGUAGCAGCGAUAAGACAAACACCACUCCCGUCAUCGCGACAAGCAGCUUGAAGCCAGUUAGACAGACCACAACAACAACUGCACCGAGGCGACCACCCGUACACACCACACACAAAACAUCCCAAUUUGUGGUGCGUACCACAGCCAAGCCAACUGUUGCGCCUACCACAAUAAAGCCACCACGCCGCAAAACUACAAUAGCGCGACCUGUACUCACCACCACGUCGGGAAUACAGGCCGACACACGCGUUGAAGUGACCACAGAGCCAUCAAAAUUUGUCACAUUCCAAAUAGUAGAGACUACGACAGCAGCGCCGACCGAGGCAAACAACAAAUUAGAUGCAGCAUCCACCACAAAGCGUCCAAUACUCACCACGAGUCGUUAUCGGCCACGACCAACUACAACCGAACCACCUACACAAUACAUAACAACAACACUUAAGCCAGCUGAGACGGUUAGAAUAACAACACGACCGAGACCUUUAAUUACACGCCGACCAACUGCAACCAAGAAGCCCUCACAAAGUAAGCCACGUCCAACGGGUAGUUCGAAACCCACCAGACGUCCAGUGGAUAGCGAUGCCAAUGAAGCGGUUAAACCCAUUCUGCUGAAUAUAACGUCCACUGCAAGCGCUCCGAGUGCCACAAUACAUCGACGUCCCACGCCAACGACGCCAGCACCAACAAUAAGUAAUGACGAACAACCCAGCGAAAUACAGAACACCCGAGUGCCUGCGCCUGCUGAAACGGUGGCACAGACGACACACGCGCCGAGACCGCGACCUAAACCUACAGCCGAGAUUGUGAAGGUGCCCAAGCCAACAGCGGGGGUAGGACCUACAACGGUUUCACCGGCGCCAACAACUACAACGACUGCAGCCGUCAGCACAAAGCGACCAAGCACUACGCAAGCGCCGCCCACAAGAACGAAACCAACAAGUACUACAACAACCACUACAACAACAACAACUACGCCGAAACCACAAAAGACUACCACAACAACUACAACCACAAGUGCACCCAUUAGCAGCACUACACCACAGUCGGCAACACUCACCACAGAAGCUGCCAAAGUUGAGCCGCCACUUGUUGAAAUGACGACCCUAACGCCUGGUCUGAUAACGUGGACGAAUGUGGACAAUGAACCGACCACCAUGAAUGCAACCGUUGAAUGGGCACCAGAACCAACUAUUAUUGAGCAGGAAAUUAGCAAUAAAACUACGGCAACGAUGAGCGGAGCAAAUGAAACAACUUUUACAACAACACCGCCUGCCACCAGCACCCUCAUAUCCGUUUCGACCAGUAUUAGCGAAGUAAUGAGCAACAUAACCUCAAUAAUGCCCAAGCCGGAACGUCCUUCAUCGGUGGUGAGCACGCGACCGCCAAAGCCGAAGCCCACAAAAACCACCGAAAGUCCUGUACUUAUUACAACGACAACACCAACACCAACUACAAGCACAACCACAACUACAACUACAACUACGCCAAAACCAAAGCCAACUAUUCCUUCUACAACUACAACUAGUUCAACUACUACCACUUCAACUACUACAACGACAACGACCGAGUCACCUGUUGAAUUGGAGGAUAUUUCUUCUACGACGAGUGCCGAAUUCAGCACAGAAGGUUUCUCUACAACAGGCACUGGCAUUUUUGGUACCACAGAGUACAGCACCGAAGAUUUUAAUGGCACACUGAUGACAACGACAUCGGCACCGGCUAAUACCCUGGAAGGCAUGGAUUACCGACAAA